CGGGAAGCAGCGCCUGGAAAUCAGGUGACGGAACGACAGCGAAGAACCUCCAUCCUUGAAUUUAUCGGCAAAGGAGCGUGUUUUAUUCCGCAACCAAGGAGCCAUGUCCGCGUAUCCCAAAACCCACAAUCCUUUCGCUGAUGAUGAUGAAGACGUGGAGGAUUUUGGACGGGGAGGGGGCUACGAUGACUCCAGUGACAGCGGCCUGAGCGAGCCGGAGAGGCGGCAGCGGUGGCUCCAGCAGGAGGUGAUGCGCACGGCGCAGUCCGCGGCGGACAGCAGCCAGCGGUCCCUCGGCCUCAUAUACGAGUCUGAGAAAAUGGGCACCGAGACUGCUGAGGAGCUCAUGCGUCAGGGGGAGGCUUUGAGGAGGACGGAGAAAAUGGUGGACGGCAUGGACCAGGACCUGAAGACCAGCCAGCGCCACAUCAACAGCAUCCGGAGCGUCUGGGGCGGCUUCGUCAACUACUUUAAGGCCAAGCCCGAGGCCACGCCCCCACCAGAGACCGCUCCUGCUUACCAGCCCAGCAGCAAGUUGCAGAAUGCCCUGACUGAGAGCAAAGGACAGGAGCACAAAUACCAGGAGAGCCACCCCAACCUGCGCAAACUCCCAACCUCAGGUGCAGCGGACUCCAUGCCCGGGUCCAGCUCUUCUCAUAACGGACAGCCCAGAAACCAGGUCCUCAAAUCGGCCCACCAGCAGCUGGACGACAACUUGGAUGAGAUGUGCUCUGGCCUGAGCAGACUGAAGAACCUGGGGCUGGGCCUGCAGGGGGAGAUUGAGAGUCAGGACGACUCCCUGGACAAGCUGCUGGGAAAGGUGGACAACAUGGACCUGAAGAUCAGGAAGACCGACCAGCAGAUCAAAGACCUGAAAUAGACCCUUCACCUGGACCGGACCUCUACCUGCCUUUACAGACCUGAACAGUACCGCAUAUCCUGAGUCUCAUACUUUAUAACCAUACCGGUCUGAGGGACACUCACACAGCUCUGAGCUGUACACUCACAUGUACACACACUCACUCUCACUCACUCUCUCUCUCUCUCACUCUCUCUCUCUCUCUCUCUCUCUCACACACACACACACACACACACACACACACACACACACACACACACACACACACACACACACACACACACACACACAGGUGAAGUUGGCGGUUGGUUUCUGCAGGCCUGCGCAGUGAGUGAAUAGGGGUUACUGUGUUGCCUGCUUCUGGUGCCUCUAACCCUAACCCUAUACACGCCUGUCCUAUACACACCUGUCCUAUACACACCUGUCCUAUACUCCUGGAACAGACCCGGGGUUUGUUUCCUGCAACUCUCCAAAAAAUGCCUUCCAGGGACAUUCUCUCUGCAGUGCAGUUAAUCGCACCUUUACGUGGAAUCUCCCGUUUUUCUGAGUGGCUUUUUAAGUCUUUGUGUUGUUCUAUUAAGCACAUAGUUUGCUUCCCUGGUGCCGAUUACAAAAAAAUAGUUUGUAUGAAUUGUAUUUUCAUAAAUGUUUUGCACAAGUGACAAGUGCAUGGAGAAUUUCAUGGAGAACUCUACCUGCCAAUGUUUUUUUUUUUUCAUUUUUUUUUUUUUUGUUUUUUUUUUCAUUUUUUCAUUCUUAUUUUACCUUCGAAGCAGAGGAAGACGGGUUUCGGAGCCCCGUUCCUCUGAACCGGCGAUGUUCCGCCAUUUGCAUCCCGUCACUGCAGUGCUGCUGCAGUCACUAGAAAAUAGCACUCCCUGGAGAGCACACUUCCACAGCAUUCGUGGAGACAUGCCAGCUCCACGUGUCGGAUAAUCAAAAUCAUUUCUUCCAUGCCAUUCACCUCAGGAGCUACGCACACCAUCUCAAACAUGACAUGAGAUAUGCCUGUAUAAAGUCGAGCCACUCUUGGGUGUUUCAGGCAGUCAGCGCUGGCCGAGUGGUCCUGCAGCCCCCAGCGGACGGGCACUCACAGCUCCAAGACUUCACGUGAAUCCGCUCAGUGGUUACAGGCCUCUUGAGAAGCCGUGCCCACUGCCACACACCCCUUUGGGCAAUCCGCAUAUAAAGUUCUUCCUCGCCCCAUGACUAAGCUUUCCACAAGGUUUUCUGCAAAUCCAUUCGUAACUUUUGGAGAGAUCCUGUUACCAGACAGACUGACAGACACAAUGGGUUCAAACGCUCUGAGGUAAAUAUGAGAUUUGGGUUAUCAUUCAACUGAUGUUAUUGUAGUCGUGUUCUGUGUGACCUCUACAGCGCUUGGCAGAAGUUAUUGAUAAUAUUGGUGUUGACAUUGUUGAUUAUCGGAUGCCUGGUAACACUGUUCCAGUGAAGGGAGGUGAUAUCACAUGGAACGGACCAUAAAAUAAACUUGGAUGUGGCCUCAAUAAAGUCAUUUUGGGAGUAA